UUUAAUAUAUAUGUUUCAAUUUAAUUAUAAACACUUUUUAAAAACUUUGUUUAGUGAUUUAUUUGGUUGAUGUCUUUUUCUCCGACAAUUAAGCUAUCUUGAUGGAAAACUGUAUUCAUGGUGGAUUGGUGGGAGAUAUGAACUGUGUAGUGUUAUGUUUAUUUGUCAAAAAAGUGGAUAAUUUUGUAUCCCUUCUUUAUUUUCUUGUCGGGUGCUUUUUAAAGUGCUUUUCACAUUCAUAUAUUGUUGUUCUAGCAAGUCUUCUUUAUCCGAAAUACUUGUAUAAUCUAUGUUACUCGGACUUGGCUAGAAGUGAAGAAUACCGAACACGGUGAGGAACUUAAAGAAGAUAGACUGGUGCGCAUAAAAACACUCUGGCCAAGAUAUUAGUGAUCUCUCCUCAGUGGAGGGUGUGCUGCGCGCAAAUCUUUGAUGAAAUUUGCUUUUCAUUUGUUUGCAAAUCAUUGGUUUGGCGCUUACCCAUUGAUUAUGGCUAAUAUCCAACCUAACUAAUCUUUUUUGUUCUUUAAUUUUUAAAGCGGUUGAGAUGUAAAUCUUUAAUUUUUGGUUAACUGAUUGAGGUACAACAAAGUCAAAUUCUCCGUACAAUCCAACAAACUUUUUUUUUUGGAAGUUCUAUCCCAAUUUUUUUUUUUUUUUUGGAAAUCUUUUUCUGAAUUUAGAUACCCAAAAAGAAUGGCAUUAUUCAAUUGUUUUUCCAAGUUGGUUGGAAGAAAGAAGAAGGUGAAGGAUGCAAUUGUUUCUUCAUCAGAAUUUAAGAAAGAUAAUGAGAACAGAACCUUACAAGUGAAGGUGGAGCACCCAGUGAAACCUUCUGAGCAUGAGGAUGAGCUGAAAUCGACUUCGUUUAGUGUUCCGGUGCCAUUCGAUGUCACUGAGAUUUCGAGAUGUGAGGUGAAGGUGAUGAACCCUGAGAGUCCUGUUGAGAAGGAUCAGGAGGAGGAGGCUGUAGAGGUGGCAUAUGAAGGUGAAGAUGAGCAUGAACAUGAUGAUAAGUCACCAAUGAGUAGGGAGAACUCUGAUUCAAACCUUCAAGGCCGCGACAUUGAUUCUUGUAACCCGAGUUUUCAGAUUGGAAGUCCUUGUGCUGAGCAGGGUACUAAUGAUGAGGAGAUUGAGAUAGGCCAAGGUGGGCAUGCCAGUGAUCCUGGGAUGGCAAGGGAAGAGCGGUGGGUUUCACCGAAGCUUACACGUUCUUGCUCGAACCUUGACUCGAGGGAAGUGCUCAAGAGGAUAGCUGAUCAAUUGCCACCCUCCAAAACACAGUCAUUUGAGCAGUUACAGGAACUUGCAAAUAGAGUAAGGGGCGAUCUUUUGAUGAGAUCUCCUUGCAGCCAGUCAUCAGCAGUUACUCACCGCAGUGCUGAUAAGGUGAUGCUGAAGAAGCACUCUUCGAGCCAGAUCCUUCCUUCAAGGAGCAAGAGAAUGUGGUGGAAGCUCUUCCUUUGGAGCCACAGGAAUUUGCAGAAACCAGCAAUUGCUUCUAAAACAAGAAUGUCGUCCCUUCUUGCUACUGUCAAUCAACAAGGUGGAUACUCAUCAGACACACUCGAAUCAUAUCGAGCAAAGCAGCUCUGCAAGGUGGAAUCGGCAGGCUCAUUUUCUGAAUUAUGCAGUUACAAGAGUAGCCACGAAGAAGAAAAUGGAUUGAAGGGUGGAUUUUCAGGGCUAUGGCCUCAGAAUCAGUGGAUUGCUUUCUCAGGGGAGUCAUCAUCUUCGUUGAAGAGGGUAGAUGACUGGGUGAAAGACCUAGAGUUUCAGCCAACAACCCCGGUCAUUGACGAAGAAAAUGGUGAUGAGCAAAUUGUCUUCCCAUCUUCUCCUAAGGCCGAUGAGUCAAUGGCAAAAUAUCCAACUCAUUCCUCCCGACAUACCAAAAUCAACUUAUCAGAGGAACUCCAGCAUGCCAACAGUGUAAUUCAGUCUCUGAAUUCUUCUUCAACUGUGGCUCAUGUAUCAGGGAUGGGGUUGAAAGUUAUCCCCGUCAUAUCACACUUCUCAAGUCUUCGUUCAAUCAAUCUAUCGAACAACUCAAUUGCUCAAAUUACUCAAGGAUCACUUCCAAAGGGCCUUCAUGUCCUCGAUUUAUCCAGGAACAGGAUCACUACCAUUGAAGGACUAAGAGAGUUAACUCGACUGAGGGUACUCGAUCUGAGUUACAAUAGGAUCUCUCGUAUUGGUCAUGGACUCUCAAGUUGCAUAUUGCUCAAGGAAUUGUAUUUAGCAGGCAAUAAAAUCAGUGAAGUCGAGGGGCUGCACAGGCUAUUGAAGCUUACAGUUCUGGACCUUAGCUUCAAUAAAAUAACCACAACCAAGGCUCUAGGACAGCUUGUUGCCAACUACAAUUCUUUAGUGGCACUCAGUAUUUUGGGGAACCCGAUUCACAGCAACCUAAGCAGUGACCAGCUUAGGAGAGCUGUUUGCGGACUUCUCCCUAAGCUGGCAUACCUAAACAAGCAACCCAUUAAUCCACAGAAGGCUCGAGAGGUAUCAAUGGAUAUUAUUACCAAAUCUUCAUCUCGAAACAAUGGUUGGAAUGCUCGCAGGAAGUCCGUGAAAAAGAGUAGUCAGAGUGGAUUAAUGUCAUCUAGCACUGGCAAAAGCAGUACGAGUGUUGGGCAGAGAAGCAGGAACAAGUCGAAAAGGCAAGCGAACCAGCUGUCGAGGUUGAAGACGAGGACUGUAAUCAGUUAAUUGAAGAUGAUCUUACGGACCAAUCUCAAUGCGUCAUUGCAACUCUUCAGCAAGGAAGCAGGCAAUAAAAUGUAUAUACUUGAGUUCAAGUAUAUUCCUUGUUGGUUUUGUAUCAUUGUUUGUCUUCAUUUCUUCAGAAUAAAUUAAUAAUAGAUCCUGUCAUUUUUCUGGAUGACUGCAC